AUGUGGGCUUCGUUUACAAAGAAGUGAGUUGAAUCUACGGCUUUUAAAAAUUCGAAAAUUCUGUUAACAAAAAACAUUGCCUCUUUAGAAGUCUCCGCUCGAGAUGCAAUAUUUUCAUCGCCGCGACAGCUCUUUGCGAUAUUGUCCAUCAGGUUGCCCACUUGCUUUGGGCCAUAUUUUACUUCGGCGGGAUUGAAGUACCGCUGCGCACUUGCUAUCACAUCCAGAACCUUCCACAACUGGGCUGUAAUAUGGGCUCAACGCUGCUGCUGAUGAUUGCCUUGGAUCGAUUGUUAUGCGUCUGUAAGCCCGCAUUGUAAGUGAUACAAUGGUCUGUAUAGAAGGGGUUUUCUCAGGAUACCUAUCUCACCGCUCACGAUUCCAAAGUUCCCAACCUUACAUGCAUUUUUGUAGAUACGAACGGCUGAAUACACCGUUCUACGUCCCGACUGCACUAAUUGUUGCUUCCAUACCUCCACUGUGGAUUGCCGUAUACGCCUAUCGCGAAAUGAUACAAGCGCCGAACGACCCGGUCCCGUGUGUGAUUACCGGAGGAUUGCUUCCCAAAUCGAUUGAGCUCUUCUUCACCGUCAACAGCUCAAUCAUCACAAUAACCAUGUUCCUAUAUGCAGUUAUUUGGAUGUUUGUGAAGAAAAAGAAUUACACCGCCUCGAGGCAGAUGUUGCGUUCAAUCACUACAGUCAGUUUGUGCGUUAUUGGGGGCUGGUUCAUCACGAUGAAUGCCGGAAAUGUCUUCAAGCUAUUCGGAAUCAAGAUUACCUCACUCGUCAUCAUGUAUAAUGGGCAGAUUCUGAAUUUGUCGGUUAGCCUGAACUAUGUGAUCUACUUCAUAAUGAGGUAUGCAGAGUCUAAAUUUGUUCUUAUAAAUUUACCUUUAUUCAUGUUUUACAUCGAUGUUAAGUCACUGUUUUCAGUCGAGAGUACCGCGGUGCAUUUGUUCAGCAAUGGCGAAUAAUGUCGUGUGGAAUGUUGCAGUUUGCCGGCAUAAAAGUGGAAGACACAACCAAGUUCUCCCUCACCGGGAAAAAACAACUUUCCAGUGUGUCUUGA